GCGCGCGCUUGUGUCGUUACUGUAGUUUGUUGCUGUGGCUAGUUAGCAGCUAGCGCCUUAGCGUUAGCCCCGCAGGUAAACACUCAGCCCUGACAGGGAGAGGACGACACACACACACAGCCGCUGUGUGCUUCCCAGAAGGGCUGCCUGCUAUAAGUGGCAGUCAGCCCCUGGAUUACACCGUUAACGCUACGUUAAUACGAUGAAGCUUAGGAUAUCCAACACCGUGUAGGAAUUAGCUCGACACAGGCAGGUAUGUCGGCAGUAUGCGUUUAGAUUAUGAGUAACGUCCCUCAACGACGGAUUCCUACAUCACAACAAACACAGGCCAGUCUGUCCAUCUGGGGAUGGGGGGGUCUUGGAGUUGUGCUGUUCCUCGUCACCUUUGGACCCUUUGCCAUAUUCUACCUGGCCUUUUAUAUCUUCUGCUUCAUUGGAGGGGGCUUCGCAGUCACUCUGCUCUAUGGAAAGAUCAACUCGGAGAAACACCUGGAAAAGUGCGAGCAGUCGUACUUGCCACCCACACAAAUUGGUAUACUGAAGACAUUGGAUGAGAUGAGGCUGGAGAUGAAGCCCAUAAAAAUUGACAGGAGACUGACCGGCUCCAGUUUCAUAGAUGAACCACUACAACAGGUAAUCCAGUUUGCUCUAAGAGACUACAUCCAGUACUGGUACUACACUCUGAGCGAGGAUGAGUCUUUCUUAUUGGAGAUCAGACAGACGCUGCAGAAUGCCCUCGUCCAGUUCUCUACAAGGUCCAAAGAGGUGGACUGGCAGCCUUACUUCACCACUCGCCUAGUGGACGACUUUGCCACCCAUUUACGUGUCUUUAGAAAAGCCCAGGAUCGCCUCGCUGACAGGGAGGACAAACAAAGGGACAUAACCGAAGAGCUGGUGGAUUCCUUCUUUGAGGCCGAGGUGGAGAUGGAGAGGAAGAUUUGUCGAGACGUGGUGUGCACUUCAUACAAGGAUGAAGAAGGUUUUCUUCGGGACUUGUGUGAGUUGCUUUUGUAUCUGUUACUACCUCCUGGAGAUUUCCACAACAAGAACAUGAGAUACUUCCUAAGGGAGGUGCUCGCACGUGGUGUGCUACUUCCCCUGAUCAACCAGCUGAGCGACCCAGACUACAUCAACCAGUUUGUCAUCUGGAUGAUACGGGACUCCAGCUGCAACUAUGAAGCCUUUAUGAACAUACUAAAGCUGACGGACAAACCUGCUGAACUGGAGGCCGUCAAGGACAAGGUGCUGGAGGAGCUACAGUACCUCCGCUCCCUGGACACCGCUGGAGAUGACAUCAAUGUGAUUAAGAACCAGAUUAACAGUCUUCUGUUUGUGAAGAAGGUGUGUGAAACCAGGAUCCAGAGACUACAGUCUGGCAAGGAGGUGGAUGCCUUGAAGCUGGCAGCCAACUUUGGCAAGCUGUGUGUUAUCCCACUGGAUCACAUCCUCAUCCACAACAUUGCUCUGCAGUUCUUCAUGGACUUUAUGCAGGCAGCGGGGGCCCAGGCAGAGCUGUUCUUCUGGCUCACUGUGGAGGGUUACAGGGUGACUGCUCAGCAGCAGCUGGAGGCCAUGCAAGGCUGGCAGAAAGAUGGCAAGAAGCAGCCCAGCGCCACCAAGGGGCUGCUGAAGGCCGCUGCACUGGGUGUCUACGAACAAUACCUCUCUGACAAGGCGUCCCCCAGGGUGCAGGUGGACGAGGCGUCAGUAAUAAAACUAGGGGAGAAGCUACAGAAAGACGACCCUACACCAGAGAUAUUUGAUGAAAUCCAGAGAAAUGUGUAUGACAUGAUGCUACGUGAUGAGCGCUACUACCCCUCCUUCAAGCAGAGUCCUCUCUACGUCCGCAUGCUUGCAGAGCUGGACAUGUUGAAAGAGCCGAGCUACCGGGGAUCCGACGAUGGCGAAGGAGAAUCCUUCAAUGGCUCUCCCACAGGAAGCAUAAACUUAUCUUUGGACGACUUGUCCAACGCCUGCCACGAUGAAUCUAUGCACCUACAUGCCUUCAUCUCCGACACAGGGGUUUGUAAUGACCACGGUAAGACCUACGCGCUGUACGCCAUCACUGUUGUCAGACGCAACCAAGACGGUACUGAGGACUGCUGGAAGACCUAUCGCCGCUACUCUGACUUCCACGACUUCCAUAUGAGGAUCACUGAAACGUUUGAGAACCUGGCAUCGAUCCUCAAGUUGCCGGGGAAAAAGACCUUCAACAACAUGGACAGAGACUUCUUGGAGAAGAGAAAAAAAGACCUCAAUGCUUACCUACAGUUGCUGCUGAACCCAGAGAUGGUGAAGGCCUGUCCAACUCUGAUUCCUUAUGUUUAUGACUUCCUAGAGAACAAAGCCUACAGCAAGGGCAAGGGAGAGUUUGCACGCAAGAUAGACACAUUUGUAAAUCCUCUGAGGAGCUCCAUGAGAAACGUGUCCAACGCGGUGAAAGCCCUGCCAGACAGUCUGGCUGAGGGCAUGACCAAGGUCUCUGAUAACAUGGGCCGCAUGUCAGAAAGACUGGGUCAGGACAUUAAACAGUCCAUACUCAAGGUGCCUCCACUCCUCCCCAAGUCUGACAUCGACCCUGAACACUGUCGAGUCUCUGCUCAGCUUGAUGACAACGUGGAUGAUAACAUUCCUCUGAGGGUAAUGCUGCUGCUGAUGGACGAGGUGUUUGACCUGAAGGAGAAAAACCAGUGGCUGCGCAGGAACAUUAAGAACCUGCUGCAGCAGCUCAUCAGGGCCACAUAUGGAGACACCAUCAACAGGAAAAUUGUGGAUCAUGUGGACUACUUGACCUCACCAGAGCAAGUUGCAGACUACGUCAAAAAGUUCAGAGAUUCCUACUGGCCCAAUGGUAUUCUGGCUGAGACGCCGCCCCGUCGGGACAAGAGCAUUCGCAUGAGGACACGAGUAGCUGCCAAGACCAGCCUGCUGGGCAUCAUGCCAGAUGAGCUGAAGCACAUCAUCGGAGCGGACACAACAAGAAAGGGCAUACUCCGUGUCUUCGACAUGUUUCAGCACCAACCCAUGAACCGUCGGCUAGUCUACGUUUUCCUGGAGGGCUUCUUGGAGACAAUGUUUCCCCAGUACAAAUUCCCUGAGCUCUUUGUCAAGCUGCACUCCCGCUCGCCGCGCGUCCACAGAUACAGCCAGAAACUCAAAUCCUCCUCGCUCAAGAGGUGACAGGAGAGGACGGACGCAGCGGAAUAUGGGCCGACUAGACACACACAGACUUGAGAGCUGAGAGUGAGAGUGGAGGGCUUGGUGUGUGUGUGUGUGUGUGUGUGUGUGUGUGUGUGUGUGUGUGUGUGUGUGUGUGUGUGUGCGCGUGUGUGAGUCUGUGUGUCUGUGUGUGUGUGUGUGUGUGUGUGUGUGUGUGUGUGUGCGCAUGCGGUUUUUGCCCUUCCACUCCCCUCACACACUCUCUUCAGUGAAAACACUCCAAUUAUCCAGCUGAUUAGUUCUGUCGAGACAGAACCAAAGGAUGAACAACACACACUCUGCCCUCCUCUCACUCUGUGACACACACAUGCGCAAACACAAAUCCUGUAAUUUGCACCAAGACUGAAUACGGCAGUCUUUUCUUGUUAGUUUAAAUAUUUUCCUUCUCUCUUUUUUUUUUUUCUUUAACUUGUGUUUAGCUUUAUCCUGGGCCAGUCAAUGCUGCUUUCUCGUGGUCCAAAGAGCAGACCACAAAUACUGUAUUGUUUUUAAACUGCAGGAGUAGAUAGCAAAAUAGACCCACACCUUGCCUUACCUUCCCGCUUCUGUCUUCUGGCCGGCACCGUCGACCCGGGCCCCAGCUGUAGUCAUACUUACCCUCAUGCUGUAGACAUUUUAUCUGCGAAAGCUGCACACUUGCUAACAUGCAAAUGAUAUUUUGUUUUCAUAGCAACCAAAUAUGUCAAUAGCACUGGGUCAAAAGGCGCUGUUUUUAAAAUGUGACUGAACUGGGUUGAAAGGAUGACUUAGAUUUUUUUAUUGUCCGCAUUUUUUUCUAGCCUCGAUGCUUCUCAUGAGACACAGUGAGAAUCCUUCUUUUUUUUUUUUCCAAACUGUUAACAUCGUCUGUACCACCUAUGAUCCUCAAAGAAUCGGCCACAUCCCCUUUAAUGCUACUGUCAUAACGACCAAAGCUCUUGCUGUUCCGUACGUGUGUGUGUGUGUGUGUGUGCGCACACUGGUUUGACGUUGGGAUACUCUGAACAUUACUGUGCUUCUUCUUGUUAAUCGUGUGAGAAUAGAGAAUCGCAAAGCUGACCUUUUUUUUUUCUUUUCUUAAUGACACAGCAUAAGGUGAAGCUACAGUUACAGUUGUGGGAGGCUCAGCUCUGGCUGUCCAAGCACACCAUCAAAGAAUGUACUCUCUGGUCUGAUCUGGUCUGUAUUUGGCUCAUGUAGAAUUUUGUGGGAAUGUAUGUGUGUGUGUGUGUGUGUGUGUGUGUGUGUGUGUGUGUGUGUGUGUGUACGCGUGUAUGCAUAUGUGUGUUAAGCACAAAGAUGCAACCCUCUUCAGUGAGAAACUGUGCCAGUGUGAGCUAGUGAACCAGCCUUAAAACUAUACAUUAUAUACUGACCAAGAGACGCACGCUAGAGGUAGCUCUCCUCCACACGACUGAACGUUACAAAGACAUCACGAUAGAGAUAUGGAGAUAUAUCCCUAAUCACUUUUAUUCAGAAAAAAAUUUUGUGCAAUAUAUUAUUUUUUUUCUUCAAUGCAUGUGCAUUUUGAAUCAUUGUAUACUGAGUAAAAGGCAAUUCAUAUUGUUUUAAUAGUAGAAAACACGAAAGAAGUUUCCCCACAAAUGUCUUCUUAUCCCAACAACUCAACAUUCCGUUGUUGUAAAAGUACAAUGUUUAUUUUACAGACUUGUUUUAUAAGUCUGAGUUUUUUUGUUUGUUUUUUGUUUUUGGUGUGUGUGGGGGUUAUUUUCGCAUAUCCCUCGCCCCCCUCGAACAGACUCUGUGGUUUGGGUUCAUUGACUGGGCAGUGGCUGUGGGGUUUUCUGUGUCCCACCCCCUAUGAUUAGCUCAUUGGGCUAUAGCUAGUUCAGAGGCGGCCUCAAACAACUGCUUCUUUUUAACUCAUACGUGGCGUUUUAUGCAUUCAAGCCUGAUCUGUUGAAUGUGAACAGAUCUUUGUUGUUAUGAACUGACCGCUGGUUCCCCCCCACAGUGGUCCUACAAUUUGUUCACCACCCCAGCACCCCUUCUCCUUUUGUCCAAUAGGCUCACAGGAGAGCCAUGUCCUGUGACCGAUGGAAUCACUGCUAAUGAGCACUUAACGUAGCAACGGGCCUCUCCCAUUGGCUGGACGGAGCCCCUUUCUGCUGCAGUCAUUGGAUGGAUCUCCCUCGUCUGCUUUAAUUUGCUUGCACUGAGCAGCCCUGGUGGACUCUGAUUGGUUGAGCAGGAGGACAUGAACUGGAGCCUCUCUUUACUGGGAGGUAAAUAUUUUGUCCCUGUGGUGAAGGAGAAGGUGUCACCUUUAACUUUCUGCACACCUCUCCAUAUAGGAAGGCUUGUCUUUUUUUUUUUAUUUUUUUUUUUUUAACCCCAGUAUUUAUGAUAAUCUAUGAUAAUAAAAAUUGUGCAUAUCUGUGUACAGUAUGUGUUAAUAGUGUGCCUAAAUGUACUGUCAACUCUAUUUUCAUAUUUUUCUUUAACCUAAAAAAAAAAAAAAAAAUCAAUCAGAAUGUCAUGAUCAUUUUACGCGACUGAAAAUGACUUUAGGGUGUUUUUUUGCAUCAUGCUUAUCAAACUCUUCCUUGUGAGCAAUUGUGCUCAGAUCAGUAUAACACUAAUAAAAGGUAACUCAGACUAACUGAUC